CUCUAUCGUGGUCCUGUGAGAGCGCGCGCGGGCCAGGGCGAAGAAGGUCAAAAUGAACACGGAACAGAUUGAAUCCCCAGCUGGUGUGCAAAAGAAUACGGAAAAAACGGAGGAGGGAGGGGAGAAGAGCGGGGAAGUACCAGGGGACGAACCGGGAAAUAAAGGGGACCAGGCUCAGAAGAUGGAUAUCGAUCCCUUCCAAGCUGCUUUCGGCCCGGAACCGAUGGAGGUGGACCCACUCCCGGCAAACGCCGGUGAGUCGCCCGAGGGGCUGUCCCCCGGAGGAGAGCCUGCUGCUGGGGUGGAAGGAGCUCCGCCACCGCAGAUGCCGGUGGAACAGAAGCUCAUCGUUAUUGCAGAUUGGCUUAUGACUAAACUCAAAGCCAAGGAAGAAGAAGAAGAAGAAGAAGAAGAAGAAGAAGAAGAAGAAGAAGAAGAAGAAGAAGAAGAAGAAGAAGAAGAAGAAGAAGAAGAAGAAGAUCAGACCGGCAGUCCUCGUCGACAGGCGGCAGUGGAUGCUGGCAGGGAGCAGCACGACGAUGGACGGCGGGGGGCGACGGGUCACGGCGACGGCGACGGCGAUGGCGAUGGCGAUGGGCUACGGGCGACGGCUCUCCCAGGCGAUGGCGACGACUCCCAGCUGCUUCGACGAAGGACGGACGCAAUGACGAAGGCAGGCGGCUGGAGGACAGGCCCCGCAAACGAGAAAGCGUUGGGAACCCCGCGCUCCCAGAGGUUUGGUUUUGGCAACAUGGACCCCUCGAAAGAAUCAGAUCGCACCCCCUUUGGGGUUCAAGAUGGUCAGGGACAGCGACGAGGGCGACCAGGCCGGAAACGACUGAAGAUGAUCAUGGUUGUUGCACUUAUCAUCGCUGUGCUGAUUGUGAUCAUAGUAGUUCCCAUAGCAGUUGUUGGGGAUAGGAGGCGUGGUCGUGCGUAUGCCAGGAGGAGGACACCAAAGACCAUGUCAGCUGCAUCUGAACAAUAUUGUUCGACAGCGGAUAAUAUAACUUUAUGUAAAUCGACGGUAAUGCUAGGUGUAAAUGACAACACCCCUUUUGGGCCAUCUGACCUCCCAGACUUUCCUAUAAAGGUUAUCAAUGCCACAAAAGCUCCGAUGAAUGUACUAUUGUCUGCGAUGCAAGUUUUGAAGCAAUCAAACCUGUCAGUAGCGGCUGCGGAAGCGUGUAAUCGGACCCUGUACGAUGGCCCAGAGUCUCUUGAUGAAGCAGUUGGCCUCAUUGCUUCUGGUAAUAUCCGGGAUGCACAGAUUGUUCUUGCGGCAGUGAGGACAUUCAACACAGACUGCGCCGACCAACUUUUGCUGCUGGAGAAUUUGACUGGAGAUGGAAGUGCCACCUUGGCAGAGGGACUGCCUGCUACUGAAUUGGUGGCCUUCCACCUGGGGAACGCGCUUGCGUUGACAGACGAAAUCCUUGCCGACGCGCGCGGAGGAGAGAAGCUCAGUGGAAGGAGACGGAAACUGUUGAGGCGGCGGCUGCUGGCGGAGGCAGAGAAAGUCAGACGGGACUUAGACGCGCAUUUCACUGUUGGCAGCAAUGGAACUGGCGAGUUCCGCAACUUAACCUCUGCGAUCUCGAAGGCGCUUACCAAGCGGGCAACAACAAAAGAACGCAUAGUCAUCAGGGUUCGCGCGGGUGUUUACACUGAACAAGUCCUUAUCCCCAAGGAUCUCUGGGGUUUGACCCUGAUUGGCGAAGGAGCUGAAAGAACCAGGAUAUCGUACCACGACUUCGGAAUCCUGGGAGGGAAUUUGGAAGCUUCUAGCUUUGUUGUCGAAGCUCGGGGGUUCCUUGCAAUCGAUCUCACCUUUGCGAAUGACCCAGUUAAGAAUGACAGACAGAACCCAGCUGUGGCGAUGCGUGUUUCUCAGAGAACGAGCGCAAUUUCUGGCGCAGACAUCCCGGGCAGUGUCGGGAUGGCAGCAUUCGUAUCGUGCAAAUUCCAAGGGUACCACAGUGUCCUGUACGCGCACACAGGCUGGCAGUUUUACUACGAUUGCGACAUAAUGGGGUCGGAGGACUAUAUUUUUGGAAACGCCGCCGCAGUGUUCGAACAGUGCAAGGUGCACAGUCAGCCAGACUUCAACGGGACGAGUAUAAUCAGUGCACAAGGAAGGACGAGCGCACAUGAACCGACCGGUUUCGUCUUUCGCAAGUGCGGCGUGGAGGGAGAACUGGAGACGAACUCCUCGGUUUUUUUGGGGGAACCACAGCCGUAUCGGAAAGUAUUCCUGAGACCGGCCUGGAAACCCUUUUCCCGAACGGCGCUUCUGCUGAGUGUUCUAGGGCGCGUCGAACUCGCCGGAUGGCGGGAAUGGAGAUAUGGGGCAGGGGAUGCGAACCUGUACAAAACGGUUGAGUUUUAUGAGUACCUCAACUCGGGCCCUGGGUCAGGCAGAUCAGCCCGAGUGCCAUGGUCUCGAGAGCUGCCGGAUAAAGAUGCGGAGGCGUACACAGUCGACCGUUUUGUCUCCGGAGACACAUGGCUUCCGAGCUUGGGCAUCCCUUCCGCCACGUGGCUGUAGCUGUGUCAUCAUCAAUUGGCUCUAGCGGUAUGUUGAACGCUGUUCCUGUUUUUUUUUUCCCUUUCCGGACUUAGGUUUUUGUUUUUUAAGCUUGGAAUUGGCCGAGUCGUACGGAAGCUGUACAAGCAACGUGUUGCUUGGCUACCAACGUCGUCGAGAACCACCAUUCAUUUCUCAAUCACAAGAGAUGAAGAUAAAGUCCAAAAAGCAUCCUGAGGUUCGAAUAGGAGCCUCGUAAUCUCGCUAUGUGCUGGAACACCUCGGAAGUACGAGGUCCUUCUUCGCUUAGAUUUCUAAGGGAAUGCCAUACGUUGGGACAAGUAGGUUAUCAGCAGGAAACCACAAAAAAGUUUAGUUCUUUCCUUUUUUAUGCAUAGGAUGUGCAAGUGAGUGUUGUUUUUUUAAUUCAUCUCCAGUCGAUUACAUUAUCAGGAAUCCGUAUUGAAGAAUUCUUACGUCGACAUUGUUGUAGACGUUAGAUCAGGCAACAAGUCGUCCGUGCUGUGCCUCGUUUUCAGAUGGAUGGCCAGCAGAGGAGAGAGAGAGAGAGAGAGAGAGAGAGAGAGAGAGAGAGAGAGAAUGUUGCAAUGAUUGUAUCUUUGCCGCAUUCCGGCGCAACUGGGUGAGAGUUUUUAAGUUUUAUCAGUAAGUACGAUUAGUUUCCAUCUGGCAUCCGGUUAGGUAAGCAGUUAGAGAACUGAAGAGGGGAUAGCUUUGGGGUAGGAAGCAUGGAAUAUAUUUUCUCAGUGGAGUGGGUGGUGAGUAUGUUGUUGUCUACGCGUGCUCAAGUAAGCGACGUGUGUGAGGACGCGUAUGAGAUUUUACUUUUUUUGGUAUUAUAAUACUAUUAUUAUAAUUCUUUUUUUUUAGCGUUGAACUUUUUGUUUUCUGAGUCUGGCUAAGAAUGUGGAGACGACACCCGAGCAAAACCUGUUUUCAGUUUUUAUUGUUUUUUUUUUUUGUUUUUUUUUUGUGGACCAUUUCUCGAUAUGUGCGCGUCAUCCUUGCACAGGGGCCAUGAUAAUCUUCUUUCUGUAUUGCUCCAAAUUUAACAGAUGUCCUCCUGAAGGACCAAAUUUUUUUUAUUGUAGUGCUGCAUAAGAUAUCAUUUUUUUAAUGAUUUCUAUUUUUUCUUUUAGGCACCCAUGCACGCGUUUGGAGUACACGUAUGUGGGUGUACAUACUCGUACUACACACACCAUACAUUUGCGUCGUGCUACCCUGGUACAACCUGUAAUGUGAUAAAACCAGGGGAGAGUGCCCAUGGGGAUCGGGACUAAUACGGUGAACUAAACAAAAGUCAAAUAUCAGA